AAGAAAACGUCAAACGCAACUCGUACAAAAAAGUAAACAAACACACGUUGCCGCUUCUUAACGAGUGAUAGAAACCGUAUUUUGUUACAAAAAUCUGUAAAGAUGAGUUCGAAAAGAGGUGAUACGCAUCGAACACGAGCCCAAAAGCACAAAAACACGUACGCGUUUAAGAACAAUCUGCACGAUAAACACACACCGUUGAUAAAGCUCAUCACAAACCUGAACGUGUGUGAAGUUUGUGAACACUGCAAGGGUGUCAUCGACUGGAAGAUCAAAUACCGCAAAUACAAACCGCUAACCCAGCCUAAAUCGUGCAGUAAGUGUGGCGAGCGAAAAGUGAAGCGUGCCUACCAUGUAAUCUGUCGCGAAUGUGCCCUUGCCAGUCGGUGUUGCGCCAAAUGUCUAAAGUCAGCGGACGAAGCUAGCAUCAUUCCGCCGGAACCGACGGAACAGGAACAGGUCAAGCUGAAAGCAGAGAUGGAUCAGCUAAUAAAGUCGCUGUCCGAGAGAAAACGGCGAACAUUCCUACGGUACAUGAAUCGUGGCCAAAAGAAAAAGCAAAAAGGCGAUGAGUACGAUUCGGAUGAGGAUGAAAGCGAGAGACAGAAGAAAAAGUUAACUGCCGAGAUGCCCCGUACCAGGGAAGAACUGCUACAAAAAAUCGAACAGCUAAAGCUGUCUUCUGGAAAGAAUGGUGACAACGAAGACGGCGAAGAUGAGGAUGAUUCGGAGGAUUUCAGCAGCGAUGAUGAGGAUUACGAAGGCUUCAGCGAUGAGGAUUUAUCAAAAAGUUCGAACACUAAAUAAAUUCGCCUUAUGUGUGAAAUGUAA